AUGACUAAAAAGAAAUCAAAUUUAGGAGAUACCUUAAUUAAAUCUAGAAAUAAGAGAUUAGGUAGAACUUUCAAUGAACAAACCAUUGGUAUGUUUACAACAGAUAUUGAUCCAAAAGAAGAAAGAAGAAAGUUAUAUUCAAAUACAGAUAUAGGUAAUAAUUUAGAGAAUUUUUUAGAAAUUACCAGUCUUGAACAAAAAGUAUUUGAAAGUGAAAAACAAAAUGUCGUUGUUAUUACUAAAACAUCAUCAACAGUUUUAUCAAAAGAAGAAAAGGAACAAAAAACAUUAGACCAUCAAAAACUUAUGGAAAAACAUAGAUUAUUUUGGAAUAGUUUAACAAUUCCUCGUAGACCAUCAUGGAAUGAAAAUACAACCACAGAAGAACUUUUAGAAUUAGAAAAAGAGGUAUUUUAUCAUUGGAGAAAGGGUAUUGCAAAAUUAGAAGAAGAACAAGGUUUAUUAGUCACACCAUUUGAAAAGAAUGCCGAAGUAUGGAAACAAUUAUGGCGUGUUGCAGAACGUUCAGAUCUUUUAGUACAAAAUUCCGAUCUCUUAACCAAGUUACAAAGAAAGAAAUGGGCUAAAUAUUUUGAAAGUGAAGGAGUUAAUUUUAGAUUUUUCUCUGCUCAUAAAGAACAAGUUCGUAUUGAAAAGCAAAAACAAUUAAAUCGUCUUAUUGAAGAAGGCUCAAUCGACCCAGAGAUUGUAGAGAUGGAAGAAAGAAAAAGAAAAGAGCUUUUAGAACAACAAAACGAAUCUGAAGAAGAUAGAAAGAUUAAAAUUUUCGAUCGUGAAGAAAUUUUAGAAGAGUUCCUCAAACUUCAACCAAAACCACUCCAAGAUAAUCGUUACAAUAAUCGUGUUGUCGUUGGUUUAGCUGGUUAUCCAAAUGUUGGUAAAUCAAGUACAAUCAAUGUUUUAUAUGGUGAAAAGAAAGUCGCAGUAGCUCCAACUCCAGGUAAAACCAAAUAUGUUCAAACUAUUAUUCUCGAUGAAGAAAUCGUACUUUUAGAUUGUCCAGGUUUAGUAUUCCCAACUCUUUCUACAUCAAAGGCCGAUCUUGUCUGUAAUGGUCUUUUACCAAUUGAUCAACUCCGUGAUUUCAUUUCACCAGUAGAUUUAAUUUGUGAACGUUUACCAAGAACCCAUUUAGAAGAAUUUUAUUCCAUUGGUAUUCCAAAACCAAAAGAACACGAGCCACAAGAUAGAGCCCCAACUGCCGCUGAAUUCCUUUCUGCAUAUGGUUAUAUGAGAGGUUUUAGAACU